AUGGACCCCAACUUCUUAAAGAACCUCGACUACUUCGCCGUCCCAAACAACCAAACAAAUAAUUCUGUGGAGCAACCCGCCGAAUCUUCGGCCGCAGGUGCUGCGAGAAAUGCUCCCGAUCCUUCUCUCUGGGAGACCCUAGGGGCCGACCAGAGCAACUCUGAAUCGACUUCCAAUGGUCCCUCCUCAAUGCCCUCUUUUGCUCAGGCCUCGCCUGUCAGCACGAAUUUCGGCAUGGGUGCUAUGCCUGCUCAAAUGUCCUUUGGACAAGGCCAGCCCAGGAAUGCUUUGCCGACACGCACAGCCCAGAAUGCUGGCCAGAGGCGGAGGGACGGUCACGAUCGAAAGCGGACCAAGGUGGAUUCCGAGGCUGCGGCACUAGAAUCAGUCGAUUACUGGAUCCAAUUCGACGACGACGAUGAGCAAAAGCUCGGCGGUAGCUUCGAGAUUGACUUUUCUAAGCGAAGACAUCCGACCCAACACUAUCCUAGACCACCGGCUGCGAAUCGUCUGAACCCCAUGUCAACAACCCCUGGCUUGGGCGCUGGACUGUACACAAACCCUGUAUUCAAGCCGGAGGACUUCAUGGACGACACUGCCCUUGACAACGCUCUCUCCGAUGAUGAAGAGCUUCUGGAGUCUAUGAACCUAGGCGAUCAGCUCGGCAAAAUAGAAUCGCAACCCCCUUCCGAGGUUCCGCCGCGAGAGGGCCUUUAUUCGACGCCCCUGAGUUGGGAGAAGCCAGCGCCCGGCCUGCGGAUGAACCCUCUAUUUGGCAUGGGCGGCAUGGGAGGCAUGGGCACGCCCAUGCUCGAUCCGGAGCAGCGACGUUUGCUGGCCAUUGCCCUCAAUACCGGUCGUUCAUCAACUAGUCUAGGCGCCGGAAUGGGUUUCGGGGUUGGCGCAGACCUGGGCCCCGAGUUUGCGAGUCUCGAGAAUUUCGAUGCCGGCAUGGCGACAGCAAGCAUGGAUGAACUCACGAGGGGCCCCGAACAGUCGGGUCUCCACAGUAAGGGGAAGGAAAAGGAGAGAGACAGUGCAGAGAAAGACUCGAAAAACCAACGGCCGCAAGUGUCUCGAACCACGACGGCUGCAACUGGGGCCUCUGAAAAGUCUAAAGACAAGGCCAAGGCUGGCGGCGACCGAACGGCACAUAACGACAUUGAGAGAAAGUACCGCACCAAUCUCAAGGACAAGAUCUCCGAGCUUCGCGACGCUGUACCAUCACUCAAGUCGAUACCCGAGGAGGGAGGCGAAGACGCCGAGGUGGACAGUCAGUCGCAACGCGGGCCCAAAGUCAGCAAGGGUACUGUCCUCACGAAAGCAACGGAGUAUAUCCAUUACCUUGAACGAAGAAACAAAGCCAUCAUGCGCGAGCAUCAGGAACUCGCCAGGCGCCUACAAGCCUUCGAACAACUGUUGAGCGCCACGGCGCGGCAACCCUUCCCAAUGCCGAAUUACAGCAGAACCUUGUUCGACCCGAGAGGCUUCUGUUAA